AUUGCGAGUCCACCGGCUGUAACUGAUGGUAAAAUUAGAGAUGAACUCUUCUAGUACUAACAUAAAUGGAAGCGAGUCUGUAACAAGCCCUGCUGAGUUGAAUUCAGACGAUGCAACAUGGAUUUUGACAAGUGCUUUCAUAAUAUUUACAAUGCAGUCUGGAUUCGGACUAGUGGAGUCAGGUUUGUUUACCCAAAGUGUAUAAUUUGCUGGUUCAUUUUCGGAAAAAAGCUGAUAAAAAAAAUUCCACUGCACUGACUCACUCAAACAAAAAAAAAUAAAAAACUGCGUAACCAAGAAAUAGGAUACACCAGAGGUAGAAAAUAAACCAGAAUGAUAAGUCGAAGUUUGGUAUAUUUGUGUGUUUUUUUUUAGAAAAUCAAUUAACAGUUACGUAAGCUGAAAUUGGAACUGGACACCUUGUAAAAUUGUAUUAUGAUUUUUCCCGUCGCGAUUUUUUCACGUUUAUCUAUGUUUCAAUAUCGGUUCGUUUUUGAAAAGAAAUUUUUAUUAACCCUUUCACUCCUAGAAGUGGUUAACAUGUAACUUCUACCUUCUCCUCAUACAUUUUCCUGCAAACAGGUCAUGAGAAUACUCAAACUUGUCAGGUAGGAGUUUUUGUCUUGAUCUAACAACAGAUUCUCAUGAUCAAUUUACAGGAAAAUGUGUAGCAGCUAAAGGAGAUAAUUAACAAUUAGAUAUUAGGAGUUGAAGGGUUAAAAAUACUAGGUUGAGCGAGAGUCAGUUCGUAACUGAAUUGAGAGUGCUGAAGACACGUAACAUAAACCGGCAGUUUUGAAGCAUAAUACAUGUUAUGCCAAAUAACCAUAAUGAAGGUAUUCCUUAUAAUUUGGCCGUACUAAAAUAGGUUAUAUCUUGCAAAGAGUCUUCAGACCCUAAAGCCCGCUUCGGAUUGUGACAAAAAUAAGGUUAUUGAUGUUCAUAUCUGAGAAUAACUAGGAACAACGUUUGGUAACUCAAUAAUCUACAUCAUUUUAACGUAUUUAUAUAGGACAUUGACCGAAAAAGCAAUUUUUAAUGGCUCCUAAUACGCAGGCGUCAUUUCCCUAUGAUUUCCAGGUCUGGUCUCUCAGAAGAAUGAGGUCAAUAUUAUGGUUAAAAAUGCCGUGGACGUCAUAUAUGGAGGACUAUCUUAUUGGUUGUACGGAUUUGCUUUUAGCUUUGGCAUCGCUGAAGGAACAAAUGCCUUUUGUGGCAUGGGUAAAGAAAUGGAGACAGUUUGUAAACUUUUUUCAUACAAUUUGCCUGAAAUUAUGUGUCGCCAAAAAUUAAAAAAGAAUCGUUUUUUAUCUUAGUUGCACGCACAGCAAUGAAGUUUCAAAGUAGCGAACCAGCUUCCUGCCUUCGUAAUUGAUAAAGCAAAACUGUCCUUGCUUCAUUCACUAACUAAGGCGCAACGAAGAUUCCGAGAAAAUCGAUGUUAUUGUCACAGCAAUUAAUUAUUGUUUUAUUUUUCGUCAGUUUGGGUUGAGCCAUUAAACUAGCCAACCAGCCGCUUCUACCCUCUCAAUAUUAACUGAAGAAUUAUUCAAUGGAUUUUAUCAAAGUUUGAAAAAGAGGCCCACUCUACAUCUCCGUGUCAUUUGAUGCACUUUGCUGAGUGCAUAUCUCGUAUUUCCCAAGAAUAACAUGGAAAUGUCUCAACCGAACGCUUUUUCGUUGUUUGCUUUCCCGCCAGGUUAUUUUGCGAUGGACGUAGAAGCUGAGCAAGGAGAUGUGUUCGCCCUGUAUUUCUUUCAGAUGUCGUUCGCCACAACUGCCACAACCAUCGUGUCGGGGGCAAUGGCGGAAAGAACUCAUCUACAUGCAUACACAAUUUACUCUUUUACCAACACGAUAUCGUACGUCUUUCCAGCACAUUGGCUGUGGGGUGAAAAAGGCUUUCUCAAGGAGCUUGGUGCUAUUGACAUUGCAGGUAAAUCAAAAUGAAACUUUGCGCUAUCAAGAGAAUAUUCAUAACCUAUUUCGCUAUAACACACCUAAGUCUUCAGACGCUUAAAAGGAAAAAUGUUGCAGUUUUAGACAUCGUUGAGGAUGGUUGUAUCAGGAAAACACGACUAAGACGACACGUUAAUUAUUUAAUUUUUUUAAAAGGAUUUGUGGAGAGCAUUGAUGAAUAUUAGAGCUUGAUUCAAUUUUUCUUCAGGGUGUUCUGGUGUUCACUUAGUUGGAGGAGUCGCUGGUUUGGUGGCCUCGAUCAUGCUGGGUCCGAGACUAGGACGAUAUGACAAUUCAGUCAAACAAGGAAAGCCGGGGUCACUCACCAAUGUUCUACUGGGAACGUUUAUGCUGUGGUGGGGCUGGCUUGGGUUUAAUUGUGGCAGCACUUUUGGAAUGAGUGGAGGCAUGUAGAUGUUUUAGUUAUUUUGUUGUGAUAAAAAAUCUAAAAGGAAAAUGAAACAACACUGGCAGGAGAAUUUUUUUCACCUUUAGAACUGACUUGAAAACCUCCUGGUGGAAAAAUCACACAAAGUUUUUAAAGUCAUGAUCUUUGUAAAAACCGGGUCUUAAAUUUUCUUCCACAGGAAAAUGGCUACUUGCCUCAAGGUCAGCAAUAGUAACAUUGAACGGGUCAAUUGGAGGAGGAAUCUUAGGGAUAGCUUACAGCUACUACUACCGAAAAGGAAAGCUGGACGUGGCAGUAUUCAUAACUGGCAUUCUAGGAGGUCUCGUGGGUAUCACAGCCAUCUGUGCUGUAUGUCGUCCUUGGGAGGCCUUCCUCAUAGGAUUCAUAGGAGGAUUGGUUGCAUGCGGCAGUUGCGACAUUAUUGACAGGUUGCUAUGAAAACCUUUCUUGCUACAGGCAGUGUAAUGAACGCUUUAGCAUGUCAUAUAUAGUCGGGGGAUUGAGAAAAAACUUGUAUUGUCCUCUUCAUUUCUCGGCUGGUUUGAUUCGGCUAUUGAACACUAAAUUAGGGUUUUGGUUCUUACGUUUGCCAAUUUCUAAGGGGAACGAAGGAAACAAUUCCACGCUACCUUAGAAGCGUAAGGGGCUUCUAUUUGCAUGACAGCUUUACAAUUUUACUCGAUUAAAGCACAGGAAUCCUGGCUUUAUCUUGGAUUUUUAUUUUUUUAUUUUUUUUGGUUCUUUGCUCAAACUGUUUGCAAACAUAAAUUGCUCUAUGCUGCUUUUCGGGCCCAUUUCAACAACGAAAAAAACUGAUGAAUAUGCAACAAAUAAAUUAUUUUCUAGAUUGAAAGUCGAUGACCCUGUGGGUUGCAUAGGAACUCAUGCUGUUGCUGGUAUUUGGGGGAUGAUUGCAGUCGCUUUAUUUGUAGAAGAAGACGAGCUUGAGGGAUUGUCAGAUGCUCGUGGGCUCUUCAAAGGUGGCAGCGUAAAACUGCUUGGUGUCCAACUUCUGGCAUGUGUCGUUAUUGCCGCUUGGAGCGCUAUGACUACAUGGCUACAAUUGUUUCUUAUCAAUAAAAUUCUUCCAAUUAGACUCACUCGUGAGCAAGAGAUCAUAGGUAAGAUUAAUUUUCCAAGUUCAACACGACUGGAAUGACACCAUGCACACUUUGUGUGCCACUUAAAUAUACCUUGAUAGCCGUAAUUACUCUCUUUCUUCCCCAUCACCUGAAGUGAUUUUUACCCUCACGUCUCUGCCAUGCUUGCACGAGUCUCCACAAACACUAGAUUAUUUAUAUUGACUGCUUUCUUUUCUAAAAACCGUUAUGUGAAAAUCUCGCCACAUGACGAAAACGUAGGAUGGUAUCGUGCUACACAACAGCAGUAAAUACCAAAAAACCAAUAUUUAAAGACGUGAAUACUUCGAGAGAAAAGCUAUCUCUGCGUACAAAUUGGUGUGGUCACAGGCAGCGUAAGCACCACAGGCACAGAUUAUAAACGGUUUGUAAUUUCUUGGUAUGGGGGAGAAGCAAUGGAGUCUUUUCCUAUCCCCAGCUACCUUUUUAAGAGUGCAGUCCCUUUCUGUUGUGUAUUUCUUAUAUUUACAUAAAUUUCUUAGGCUCUUGCUAUUCAAACACCUCUAACCCUUAAUUUUCUGCCAUUCAUAUGGCACGUCGGGAACGUGCUUGGAUCAACAAUAUGUCAAGUAAGACUGCAUUACAACCAGACACUCUUGAUAUACCCUUAGGUACUGACAAACUUGAGCACGGGAUUGACUGUAAUGAUUCUGAGGACGACAUCUUUGGACUGGAAAACGAUACACUGGAGGGAGAAGAGGACGGAGUCGACAGUUUCGGAGAAUACACCAAAAAUGAAGCUCUAGCUAAUAGGCACGGAGCCAACAUGGAUCAAAUACUUACCAUUCGGAAUCUUCCAGGAUAUGCCAACUAUGGUCUCGAGUCCAGUUCAGGAAGCCAUUUAUCAAAGCGAAAGAUGACAGCUGAAGUCGGAGUACAGGUGGAUCUGCAAGACGCUUAACUUUUCCAGGAAUCACGUCUCCUCACAAGCACUUAUUCUGGUGAUCAUUUGACAUCUUUAGACCAAAGUCAGGUUUCAUUUUUUUGCAAACGUAGAAAAUGUGCUAGUCUUCUUUAAAUUACUGUGAAUACGUAAAUAUUUGAUUUUCAUAUAUUCACAAUCAUUUACUCAUCACCUAACGAGUUCAUUACAACUCUCAGUUGGUGGAGCAAUGCUCCGGUAUCGCAAAGGUCAUUGGCUUUAAUCCAGUACAGGCUUGAAUUUUUCCCUUAUUUUGAGCCUCAUUUUCACUACCGCCUAAGUAGUAUUCGUUACUGCGAAGGUCGCUUUCAUAUUCAUCAGUUACCUUUAUAACUAACUUAAUGAACUCAUGAAUAAGAUCCGGUUUUAUAGACCUUAGACUGGGCUAAAACGGAAUAACUAAGAGUGUUCACACCUUAUAAAGUGUAAAUUUAUGCGAAAAAUUAACUCGCAAUUUACUUCUAUUUCGAGUGAUGUAUAAUGAGCGAUAACAAUCACCCGCGAGAUACUAGUGUGAAGUUUGCAAAUGGGAUAGCCGACGAAUGUUUUUAAGUUUACCAUGAGGACUUACUUUUGAGGAUAAAAAACGUUUUUGUCAUUACAAUUUUUAAUGUUGGAUAAUCAAGUCUUAUAAGUUCCUGUUCAGAAUAUUAAUUUGCGUCCUCAAAAAAAACGAGUUCCUUUCAAUUGGUCACUAAAUUUAGCGGUUUUGAAUAACAACUAAGCCCUAACACCUCAGCUUUCGUUGGUUGUUUUUCUUCAUUUUCCUUAACUUGAAUAAUUUAGAAACUUUAAUUAAGGUUAUGUUUGUACCUUGGUUAGUUAUAGGAAAGGUGAGCUAAAUUAAAAUCCGUCCUUUCUUUCCUAAAG